AUGGCCAAAACGCUUGUUGAACCAAGCUCCGGAUCCUCCCCCAACUUGAAGAACCUUGCCGUCAAGUUCGUGUCAAGUUCGUGGACUCUCGUGCGUUCCCGGUUGGACGAAGCUGAUUCGACCCUUCAACCACACCCUGAAAAAGUGCCCGGGUUUCUUCCACACGCGCUGACAUCUUCUCAGAAUGGCAUGCAACUUGAACUUCCUGUAUUGAAGAACUUCUUCACUCCGGCCGGCAGGUGUUCCAUAGUCACCUUUGUUCUGGACCAGCAGGGCGAGGUAACAGAGGACUGUAAUUGA